AUGUUUUCAUUGCAGAACGGUGAGGUGGAGUUUGUCCGAACCGGCUAUGGGAAGGACAUGGUGAAGGUCCUCCGCAUUCAGCGAGAUGGAAAAUAUCACAGCAUUAAAGAAGUGGCAACUUCAGUGCAACUUACUCUGAGCUCCAAAAAAGAUUAUCUGCAUGGAGAUAAUUCAGACAUCAUCCCUACAGACACCAUCAAGAACACAGUUCACGUCUUGGCAAAGUUCAAAGGAAUCAAAAGCAUAGAAACUUUUGCUAUGGAUAUCUGUGAACAUUUUCUUUCUUCUUUUAACCAUGUCAUCAGAGCUCAAGUCUACGUGGAAGAAGUCCCUUGGAAGCGUUUUGAAAAGAAUGGAGUUAAGCAUGUCCAUGCAUUUAUUCACACUCCCACUGGAACGCACUUCUGUGAGGUUGAGCAGAUGAAGAGUGGACCUCUAGUCAUUCAUUCUGGAAUCAAAGAUCUCAAGGUUUUGAAAACGACCCAGUCUGGAUUUGAAGGAUUCAUUAAGGACCAGUUCACCACCCUCCCUGAGGUGAAGGACAGGUGCUUCGCCACCCAAGUGUACUGCAAGUGGCGCUACCGCAAGAGCGGGGACAUGGACUUUGAAGCUACCUGGGACACUGUUCGGGACAUUGUCCUGGAGAAAUUUGCUGGCCCCUGUGACAAAGGCGAGUACUCGCCCUCUGUCCAGAAGACCCUCUAUGAUAUCCAGGCGCUCUCCCUGAGCCGGGUUCCUGAGAUAGAAGAUAUGGAAAUCAGCCUGCCAAAUAUCCAUUACUUUAACAUAGACAUGUCCAGAAUGGGACUGAUCAACAAGGACGAGGUCUUGCUACCCUCAGACAAUCCGUAUGGCAGAAUUACUGGUACAGUCAAGAGGAAGCUGGCUUCAAGGUUGUGA